AAUCAUCUACUCAUAUGCGCGUAGCUUGACUUCGCGUGUUACUUUGUGCUGAUUGAUUCUCUCCCAGUGCUUCAAUUGUCGUUGCUGCGCGUUUUUUAAUUUUAAAAUAAUAAUGAUCUAGUUGAUUUUCACAUAUAUACCUCCUAAUAAGUCCUUAUCAUAUGUAUAUUAUGGAUGUUCCGUGGAUUGUUAUGGAGAUCCAUUUGGUGCUUCACUGAAAUUCAAGCUUAUUCCAUGAGACGAAUUUGAUUUCGCUGAAAUGCUAAUCAGUUCAAGUCAACAUUUCAUCAACAUUUACACAUUAAUACUAUCUUUGUUCAUUUUCUUCAUUCACUACAAAUAUUCGUUUCAUAAUGUAAAUGCUGAGAAUUUGAAACCGACACCAUCAGCACAUCAACACUAUGUUAAUUUCAUACAAAAACAACAAGACAAUAAAGAUAUUGAUUCAUCAUUAUCAGAUAAUCAUUAUGUCGAUAAGUCAAAUUUACCACAAACAAUUAAUAAUAAUAAUAAUAAUAUGGAUAAUUUCAAAUCAUGUAUAUGCUUCAAAUGGCCAAAUUGUCUUAGCAAUUGUACAAAUGAUCCUUUACUGAAAUCUGUUGUACAAACAGAUUAUGGUUAUUUAUCAAAUGUACCAUUACCAUUCAUUAUAUUAUUUCCAUAUCAAGCAAGGAAAUCACGUAAUAAUCAUGAUACAUCUACAUUGGGAAGACAAGGUGGCUAUUUUCAAAAUACACGAUUUUGGCUUACCAUGUAUAACCAACAAAAAAUUGUGUUGAAAUUACAAAAAUCUCGAAUAUUUAGUGACGCCGGCAACUAUUCCACUUUGUAUUAUCAAAAGAAAAACGAUGGACAUAUGUAUGAAUUUGAAUCAGAUAAAUUAAAAAACUGCUAUUACACUGGUACAGUAGUGAAUCAAACAGAGGAUUAUUUGAAUUUAGAUACUACUAAAUCUACUAAUUAUGUUGCUGUAAAUACAUGUUUUGGUUUGAAUGGUAUUAUUCAUUAUGCCAAUCAAACAUAUGGUAUACGUCCACUGCAUUGUAAACAAUGUGAUUCUACAGCCAUUCCACACCUACUAUUUCCACAUCGAUCAAAGUUGAUUAAUCGAGAUGUUCAAUUACCAGUAUUUUGGCGCCCUACAGAUAUUUUUAAUAUAAUGAAUAGAAAACCUUUAGCAAAAGUUGAAGGACCUCGAAUUUACACUAUAAAUCUUGCGUUAACGCUUGAUUAUCAUUUAUUUUCAUCGUUUGGUCAUAAUCUGGAACGUGGUAUUCAUUAUUUAAGCAAUGUGUUAAAUCAAGUAACUAAGUCAUUUCAACAUGUUCCUGUUGAAUUAUAUUUGAUUCAAUCAGAAAUAUGGACUUUAAAAGAUUUAAUUCAAUCAAAUAUUAGUAUUAAAACAACAUUGAAUCAUUUUGUUCAUUUCAUUAUCAAUCGUCGUAGAAAAUAUCAUUCAUCUAUAUUUAUCAAAAAUAAUAUUGUAAAUAAAAGUGAUAUAAUAAUAAUGAAUCCUUCUAUUGGAAAUGAUACAUUUGGGCGUCAUCGUAUUCAUCGAAGAUCAGUUAAUACUGAUGAUGAUGUUCUUCGUAAAAUGUCUUCAUCCACCUCAUCGUCAUCUUUAAAUAAUCCAUCUUUGUAUACAAAACAUUUUGAUGUGCAGUUACUACUCACUGGGAGACGAUUUACUGAUCCAGUAGAAUAUAUAGCCAUACCAGAUAGUAUAUGUACACCAAGAGCUAUAGGAAUAAUUCAGGUUAAUAAUACCGAUAUGGAUUAUCAUGUAUCCAGAUUGAUCUCUUUGGCUAUUGCGGAAAUUCUUGGCAUUAAAUCAUUUCCAUGUCCUCCAUUGUACAGUUGUUAUUCAUUCGAUCUGUUUUCCGACGGUGAUAAUUCACGUCUUCGACUUGCUUUAUCAUCUGGUAUGGCUGAUUGUUUACUACAAAAUAUUGCUGUAACAAAGGAUUCUAAAUCUUUUAUCGACACAUGUGGUAAUGGUCAAAUUGAUCGUGGUGAAGAAUGUGAUCCUGUUGUUCGUCGAAGUUUAAGCUAUUCUUCAAACUUUACUAAUCCAAUGUCUUGUUGUAAUUUGGAAACAUGUUUAGCUUCUGUAUGGGCUGUAUGUACACAUGGUCCAUGUUGUCAUCAAUGUCGUUUAAAACAAAAAGGUAGUGUAUGUCGUCCAGCGUUUGAUCAAUGUGAUCUACCGGAAUUUUGUACUGGUACCCAUCCAUCUUGUCCAUUAGAUUUAUAUUUGGAAAAUGGUUCUCCAUGUUUAACACAAUCAACACAAUCACUAAUUGGUAUUGUAUCCGCAUCGUCAACAUCCUCGUCAGCCUUAUCAUCUUCAUCCACUACAACUAUAACAACAACCGCUAGUACUACUGUUGUACAGAAAAACAAUAAUUCAUCAUCAUCACAGUUGAAUUAUUUAGUUGAAAAUCAUAAAUCAUUAUGCUAUCAAGGUCGUUGUCCAACACGUCAUAGUCAAUGUGAAAUGAUUUGGGGUGAACAAGCUACAGAAGCGUCUGAUUAUUGUUUUCAUUUACACAAUACUAAAACUGAUGGAGCUUGUGGUGUACAAGGACAGCAUUGUACUAUUGAACAUGCAAAAUGUGGCCUUUUACAGUGUCAAGGUGGUAGACCUAGACCUGUUUCAUUGGAAGCACAAUCUGGUCAACCAUUUGUUACGUAUACAGAACAUCAAGGACGUCAAUUUGAAUGCAAAUAUCUGUCUCAUACAUCUAAAGUUCGAUUUGUCCCAGAAGGCGCAUCGUGUGCGCCUGAUCGUUAUUGUUUUCAUCAAGAAUGUGUACUACCACAUGUUGUUUUUCAGUCGAUUUGUCCAACUGGUCCAAUAAAUAAACAAUUAGAAAAUGGACAUAUCAUCUAUAAAAAUGUGACAUGUUCUGAUCAUGGUUUAUGUACUAAUGCUGGUUUCUGUUUAUGUCAUCCUGAAUGGACUGGUAAUGCUUGUGAAUUAGCAGUAGUUAUUACCAAUAAAUCUAAUACUAUUACAAAUGAUCGAAAUUCCUCCUCCUCCUCAUCAUCAUCGUCGUCAAUAGUUUCAAGUCAAUCAACUAUUAUGAACAAUAUGAAUCCAUUGAGUUCAGAAGUUAUUCAUUGGAUAUGGGAUUAUUUAGAACAAAUGCAAAAAUCUUAUGGAAAUUCUCGAAAUUUUCAACUUAAACGCUUUAGUCAUAACAAUAACCAUAAUGGUGAGAAUUAUAAAGCUCCAUUGAAUACAUUGUAUUUAGUUUGUAUACUUGGAGUUGUUGUUGGUGGUAUAUUUCUAUUUCUGGCAAUUUUUAUGUUUAUUUACAGACGACGGGGUCGACCUAAUAUUUUCAACAAAUCUUAUUAUAAUAAUCACAAUCAUAGAAAGUUUUGUGCAUUUAGUAGAAAUGGUUGUCGGCGUCGUCGUUGCUGUAGAAUUAAUCAAAGAAAUAAUGAUUUAUUAUCACCAAGAUCUACUAAACAUAAUGGUGGUUCAUUACGCUUAUUUAAUACUAUUGAUUCAAAUUCGACAGAAUGUCAAGAAUUACAAAGUUCCAUGUAUGAUCGAUCUACUGUCGGUGUUGGAGGUAGUAGUUGUAGUAGCCAUGAUAAAUCAGGAUAUGAUCGACAUAAUCGUUUACAUCAUGAUUAUUGUACUAUCAGUAGUAGUAAUAAUCGAAAUGGUAGUAACCAAGAUGAAGAAUGUUCACGACGUGUUCGUAGUCGAACUGGUAAUAGUCGUAAUAGAGAUUUAGAAUGUCAUAAUCAUCGUCGUCAUCAUCAUCAUUCAGAACAUAACAAUGAAAGUAAACAUCGACGUAGACAACAUAAUCGUAAUGGUGGUAGUAGUAGUAGUAAUAGUCAUGGAGUAAAAGAUAAAGAGGAAUUAUCAAGAAAAAAGAAACUUGAUCGUAAGCAUAAAUCAUCUAGUCGAACUAGUGCACCUGGAAGUAGUGAUAUUAAACUAUUGGAUUCUAUUGAAGGACAAUAUGGAAUUAAUUUCUCUGAUACUGAAUUAACUUAUAAACAUUCAAAUAAUAAUAAUGAUGAUUAUCAUAAUCACGAAGAGUUAAAUAAUAGUAUGGAUAGAAUAAUUAAAUUUGGCAGUAUGCCUUCAUAUAAAGAAGAUAAAAUAAAACAAUUGAAACGAACAGCUGAUACACUUCCUCCUUUUAAAUCAUUAAAAAAUGUACAAUCAAUAAGUACAAGUGAAAAUACUGUCUAUUUAACAGAUUCAACAGACAUAACUGUUAAUUUAACAAAUUCUGACUUAAAUGUACCAAUUUGUGGUACAUAUACAUCUUCACUUAUUGAACCUAUUGUUGUGAAUAAUAAUAAUAGUAAUAAACAUAAUAUUAAUCAAACAUCUACAUUAUGUGGAUCAGUCAGUGUAACAUCACCGCCAAUAACAACAAUAACUGCUAUUACUUCAUUAAUAUCAUCAUCAUCAUCAUCUACUGUACCUCCGUUAUUUCCAUUCUAUUCAACUGCAUACUCGAAAUCGGUUUCACCUAUGACUUAUUUACCAAAUGAUGAUUUAACUACUCAAACUACAAUAUCUAAUUCCAAUCAAAAUUCAUUAUUAUUACACAAUGUAACAACAGCUGCAUUAGUUGGUGCAGGUCGAGCUGGAGCUAAUGCUGCUGCAGCAGUGGCAGCGGCAGCCGCUGCAAACCCCACGGCAUCAGAAGUAACAACAACAACGACAGUCAUAUCUACUGGGACAUUAGAUGUUAUGUCGUCUAGUAAUAAUGAUAUGUUAAUUGAUACUUGUCCAACAACAGUUUCUCCGGUAGAUACUUCAAAAGAUGCAAUGAAUGAUACACAGUUUAACAUCAUAAUGGAGAAUUCAUGGCGUCAACCAGAGAAAGGUAUUCUAAAGAAUAAAAAUGAAGGAGGUAGUUACAAUGUGAAUAAUUCGUCGUCGACCAACACUUCCACUAAUCGCCGACAUCAUAGGAGAUCUUCAUCAUCAAUUAAUCAUAAAAAACAUCAUCAUCAUCGUCAUAGAUCACCAUCAUCAUCGGCAGCAACCGGUAGUCAUCAUCGAUCCAGGCAUAAACAUUCAAAAUCAUCACGUCAUCAUCAUACUACUCAUAAUACUAUGGAUAAUAAUGAUGCCGGUAUUAUGAAAAGAAAUGACUCAUUCUCUGAUUGUUCUUGCCAUUUACAUGAAAAUGAGAAAAAAUUGAGAAAACAUCAAAAUCAUCAUCAUAAUCAUACUCGGAGAUUAUCUCGACGGGGUAAUAAUAUUGUAACUAGUCGUUCAAACAGUGUAAAUGACGGAAGUUCACACUUAGAAUUUUGUGCAGCGUUAAAUGAUAUUAAUGGUAAUGAUGAUAGAAGCCCAAGUGGUAGUUCAUCUCUAUCAAGUCAUGGUUUAGAAUUUUUAUCAAGUCAUUCAUCAUCAUCGUCAUCAUCAUCAUUAUCUAGAACAUUAGCUACAUCGUCAUCAUCAUCAUCGUCUUCUACAUCAUCAUCAUUUACUGAUUUAAAUUCUCAUUGUCAUCAUCAUCAUCAACUUCGUCGUCAUCAUUCACAUUCUAAUCCUCAUUGUCACAAAGAUCAUGAUAAUAAUGAUGAUGUACAAAGUUUAAGUUCAUCAUUCACUUCAUCUACUACAAGUACUUGUUCAACUGCUUUAGAAGUUAAUGUAAUCAAAUGUAAUGAUUCACAACAACAUCAACAAAAUGGAUUAAUUAAUAAAGAUUCUACUGAUCCUAUAACAACAGAUCAUAAUCGUUCAAAACGAUUGGAUAUUAUAAAUAAUAAAUCAAAUCGUUCAAAUCAACAAUUAAAAAAGAAUUAUGAUUAUUGUUCUGAGAAUUAUCAAACUAUUCAAUGUGUUAAUAAUGAUAAUAGUAUUGGAACCGAUCCUAUUAAUAUUGAAAGAGAGGAUCAACGUAGUUCUCAUCGACACAGUCGUAAACAUCAUCGUCGUCAUUGUCGAUAUCGCAAACACCAUGGACAUCAUAAACGUCACAGUGAAUCUAAUCAGGAAAUCUCCGGAACAAUUAAUCUUACCGGUGAAUCAUUAGGAUCGUCUUCUAGUACGACUAAUAAUUGUAAUUCUGGAAUUUCCGAAGCAUCUUCAUCAUCUUCUGGACUAACGACAGUCUCUUGUCAUCGUCGACGUUCAAGAACACGAAGUAUAACAGAUGAAGAUUGUACAACUUCCGGUUCACGAAGAAGUAGUCCUUUACCACCAGCUCCAACAAUAUUAUGUAAUGUAGGCCAGCAAACUGAUGAGUUGAGUUUAUUGAAAGUAGCUGGUCUUACAAUAUCGUCUAAAACUGGUGCUAAUUCUGAAUCAUCGAAUAAUAAUAACAAUAAUAUCAAGAGUAAUAAUGAAAAUCGUAAAUCUUAUUUAGAUUCUGAAGGUGAAUGGGAAGAAGUUGAAUGUAAUGAAUCAGGUUGUGAAGAAUGUCAAAAUUCAAUUCACACAACAACGACUACUACUACUGAUAAAAGUAUUAAUAGUCAUGGAAAUAAACAAUCGAAACAUUUAACAACUACAUCACCUCCUAUCCUUUCUUCACCUUCUCAUCCAACUAUUAUUUUGCAAAAUAGAAUAAAUCAAUUACAUUCAACAUCAUCGAAUAAUUUCAAUCCAUUAUGUGUAACAUUAAAUAACCAACAACAACCAUUGUAUAAUCUAUCAACUCCCCCGACUAAUUCAUCUUUAUCGAUGAUCAAUAGUAAACAACAAUCGAAUUCAACUAAUUCAUCGUUAGGUUCAUCGAAAACAUCACGAUCUGCUGGUGGAUUUAGUAGCAGUGGUGGAAGUACUGGUUUAGCAAAUUUAUCAUCACCGCCACUACCUCCUCCAUCAUCUUUAUCGACCAAUAAUCCUAUUAAUACCAUCACGACAACUACUAAUACCAAUAAUAGUAUUAAUGAUAAUAAUCAUUCAAAUGUAACUUCUAUGCAAUUACAACAAUACAAACAAUCACAGUUAUCAGGAAUAAAACAACAACAAUAUAUCGGUAUGAUGAACAACAAUAAUCAAACGAAAUUUAAUUCAGAAGAAUAUACUGGUCAACAUAGUGAACCAGAAGUGGAUGCUCAUUUAAACAUUGGAUCAAUGAUAAAUCGUCAAAUAAAUGAACAACAAAAUUUAGUCAAUAAAUUACAAACUGAUUCUAAUCAUCAUCAUCACCAUCAUCAACCACCACCACCACAACAACAACAUUAUAAUCCGUUUUAUCUACCAUCAAAAUCAUCUGUAAAGAAUACAUAUGCUCAAUCAUCAGAAUCACAAUCUCAAUUAAAUAACUUAUUAUUACAUCAACAACAAGUCAAGUCAUCCAUUCAAAAUAAUAAUAAUAAUACUAACAAGCCUAAUUCUUUACAAUUAUUCACUUCACCUGAAAUAAUUCAUAGAAGUGUUAAUAAUAUGACAAACAACCGAUCUGUGUAUGACUCAAGUCUUCAAAUGAUGGAUAAUAAUAAUACUCAUAAUAAUAUACAAGGUAACUUGGAGUUAUACUAUCAACAUCCAUAUGAAGAUGUUGCUACAGAUGAUUAUGCUGAAACUAAUAGUCAAUUAAAUUGUACAUCUCUACAACAAAAUCAAUCUUUUAACCAAUCACUUUUAUCUCAUUAUCCACAAAAACAGUUUCAAUCGUAUUUAUCACCAACUGAACCAUCACUACCACCACUACCACCAACAUUAACACCUACACAACAACAUAUAUAUCAUCAACAUGAUGGUUGUGGUCCAUUAUUAUUACCACCAAUAUCUACUAGUUCUAUGUUGUACAAUAAUGAAGUGAACAAUCGAUUCGGUUAUUCAAGAACGGCAACAUUGGAUGAAGAUGAUAAAUUAAGUUUAGAUGAAGACAGUGAAAUGAUACACUUUACAAAUUCACAAAUGAAUAAUAACAAUUCAGUUAAUAUUACUAUGACGACAACAACAAUGAGUACUAUUACUACCACUGCUACUAAUAUUAGUAAUGGUGGUAAUAAUAAUAAUACUCACUUGAGUAGUAUGUUUAAUCCAUAUACUGUUGCGUUUAUCAAUAAUACUCCAUCAAAUUAUAUUCAAUCGAAUCCAUCACACCAUACUACUUUAUCACAUUUUAAUCCAUCAUAUUCUGUUUGGAAUACUAAUGAUUCAAUUCAUCAUCGUAUGAAUAAUAAUAGUAAUAUUAACAACAAAUAUAGAAUAAAUGAUAAUCCGUCAAUCAUUUAUCCUAGUGAUCAAAUGAAUAGUGCCAAAGAUGGUGUUGUUGGUAUUACAGGUUCCAGUGGAAUUACACAUCCUCUAUUAAAUGAUAUUGAUGAUGUAGGCAGCGAUUUUAGUUUGUCUGCUUUUCGUCGUAGUGAUGAUAUUUGUACUCCUUCAUCAUUAUCAAAUCGAAUAUUCAAUAAUAACAAUGGUAAUAAUAAUGAUCUCAUUAUGAAUAAUCUCCUACCAUCAUCACAAACCACACAAUUACAACAUAAUAAUUAUCAACAACAAUCUACGGAACAUCAUAGUUCUAGUGAUAUUGCUGGCAUGAUGGAUGUUCGUAGUAAUGAUGGAACAUGUGAUGAAUCAGAUGCUAGUUCACUACCGGAACAAGGCUGUGAUUUAAUGCAUUUAGCUCAAUUACGUAUAUCAGCUAGACCGAAUCCACUAUUAAACGAUUUAGCAAAACAACAGGUACAAAGAAACAACAAGUAG